UAAGAAGGAAGUGAAGGGUGGAAUGUCAUCCAUUUCUUUUCAACUCUACUAAAGGAACGAUGACGCUCCGGACUUUAGGUUGUCACUUGGGGCGUUUUCAAGGGAUUUACCGCCAGCUACAGCCCCGGCCCUGUGGGCUGGCUGUGUUGGGGGUGCGGGGGCUACCCGUGGUGUCGUUGGGGGUGAGAUGUAAGAGCUCCGGCCCUGUACAGGUGAGUCACCUGGACCACCUUGUGUUGACCGUGAAGAGUGUUCCAGACACCUGCACCUUCUACUCCUCUGUCCUGGGCAUGGAGGUCAUCACCUUUAAGGGUAACCGGAAGGCGCUGUGUUUUGGGAAGCAGAAGUUGAACCUGCACCAGGUGGGUCAGGAGUUUGAACCCAAGGCUUUGAGACCCACCUCAGGAUCAGCUGACCUCUGUCUCAUCACCCUCACCCCCCUGGCUGCUGUAGCUACACACCUACAGGCGUGUGGUGUGGAGAUAGAGGAGGGUCCAGUGGAGAGGAGUGGCGCUGUUGGACCCAUCACAUCUCUCUACUUCAGAGACCCAGACCACAACCUGAUAGAGGUCUCCAACUACAACCAACCAACAAAGGACUGAGGCCUUACGUCAACCUCUAACUACAUGUACAACCAACAUCCUUUAGCUAAACAUCUACCUUCAACAGUCUUUAGCUAAACAUCUACCUUAAACAGUCUUUAGCUAAACAUCUACCUAGCUAAACAUCUACCUUCAACAGUCUUUAGCUAAACAUCUACCUUAAACAGUCUUUAGCUAAACAUCUACCUUCAACAGUCUUUAGCUAAACAUCUACCUUCAACAGUCUUUAGCUAAACAUCUACCUAGCUAAACAUCUACCUUCAACAGUCUUUAGCUAAACAUCUACCUUCAACAGCCUUUAGCUAAACAUCUACCUUCAACAGCCUUUAGCUAAACAUCUACCUUCAAGAGUCUUUAGCUAAACAUCUACCUUCAACAGUCUUUAGCUAAACAUCUACCUAGCUAAACAUCUACCUUCAACAGCCUUUAGCUAAACAUCUACCUUCAACAGUCUUUAGCUAAACAUCUACCUUCAACAGUCUUUAGCUAAACAUCUACCUAGCUAAACAUCUACCUUCAACAGUCUUUAGCUAAACAUCUACCUAGCUAAACAUCUACCUUCAACAGCCUUUAGCUAAACAUCUACCUUCAAGAGCCUUUAGCUAAACAUCUAUCUUCAACAGCCUUAGAACAACCAUUUAACUGCAACAGAAGAACAAAGGGCAUUCUUAUAUUUUGUGUGUUUUUGCUCAGCCAACUUAUUUGUCUUUUGGCAGAAAGAUAACAGUAGUUAGACUGAAGAGUUAGUGCUAAGGUAACCUUUAUGAGGACAACAACGUAGUUCCUACGUGUCAUGUUUUGGCCUAGCCAGAUCUGUAUGUUAGCCAAUUCCUUUGUUGUUUGGGGUGAUGACUUGCCUUGUUAAAUAAAUAAGUGAAAGAGGCAAAAUA